CUGCCACUGGUGUGUCGUCUCGCUUACCAACAUUAAGAUCAAAAUGUGUGUAAAGUGAGUUUGUCUGACAUAUACCAAGCGUCGUACAGGAAUCAAAAUGUUGUUCAGUACUCGAAUGAACCUUCAGACACCUUCGACAGACCUCACGCUCCAUAGCGCCUGCCGACAGGGGAGCAUAGAAGGUGUGAGGUACCUCUUGUCUGACGGUUUAGCUGAUAUCAACACCAGGGGGAAGAAUGGGAGGACGCCAGUCAUGGUUGCCGCCUGUGAUGGAAACAGGUCCUUGUUCCAACUUUUGGUGAGGGAAAGAGCUGAUCUGCUACACUUGGAUGAUGAUGGCAACAAUGUGCUUCAUGUUGCCUGUCUUGGGGGCGACUUGGAAAUGGUCAGGCAUAUUCUCAAACUUGACAUUGUUGACAUUAACAGUAAAGGAAUGUACGGCAGAACACCAAUUAUGCUGGCAGCCCGAAAAGGAUAUAAGACAAUCUUUGACCUACUCGUUAGCUCAGGAUGUGAUUUGACGCAUGUAAGCAAUGAUGGCGACAAUAUUCUUCACCAUGCCUGUUUGGGUGGCUAUUUGGAUAUUGUGAAAUAUAUCCUUCAUGAAAAUAUUGUUAGCAUUAACAGUAGAGGGAAGUAUGGCAGAACGCCAGUGAUGAAGGCAGCAUGGGGUGGACACAAGAGAGUAUUAAAUCUCCUUGUGGACAAAGGCGGUGAUGUAUCCCUCUUUGACAAUGAAAAUGACAACAUCCUCCAUGUUGCCUGUAUUAGAGGCAAUGGAACAAUGGUUAAGCAUAUUCUCUCAAAACAAGUUGUUGGUAUUAACAGCCGUGGGAGAAAGGGAAGAUCACCACUGAUGGUGGCUGCACAAAAUGGUAAGAAGGAACUUUUUAACCUUCUUCUCUGUCAAGGAGGCAACAUGUUUCAGACAGACGGUGAUGGUAACAACAUUCUGCAUGUGUCCUGUAUUGGAGGCCACCUGCACAUGGUGGUGUACGUCCUCUCGGGAUUUAUAUUCGACAUCAACAGCAGAGGUAAGAUUGGACGGACACCAGUAAUGCUGGCAGCAGAGAAAGGACAUAGACAAGUGUUCAACUUGCUUGUGAGUAGAAAUUGUAAUCUGCAUCUUGACGAUUCUUGUGGUAACAACAUAAUACAUGUGGCCUGUCUGGGGGGCAGGGUGGAGAUGGUGAAUUAUCUUCUUGCAUACAACACAUUUGGCAUCAAGAGCAGAGGCAGAGACGGGCGUACUUCAAUAAUGUCUGCAGCAGAGAAGGGUCAUAUAGAUGUGUUCAAGUUGCUGAUGAGUAAAGGAUGUGAUGUAAUGCUCAAUGACGACCAUGGUGAUAGCAUCCUCCACAUUGCCUGCAGUGGUGGCAGUAUGGACAUGGUUGCAUACAUCCUGUCACUGGGACAAUUUGACAUCAACAGUCGAGGGAGGUGGGGCAGAACGCUGGUCAUGUUGGCAGCAGAAAAAGGAAAUCGACAAGUGCUUGACUUUCUUGUAAAUGAAGGAGGUGACCUGUCUCUUAUGGAUGAUGAAAAUGACAACAUUCUUCAUGUGGCCUGCAUUGGUGGAAAUGUAGAAAUGGUUAAGCACCUACUCCAGAUGAACAUCUCCAACAUCAACAUCAAAGGAAAGUAUGGUAGAACACCAGUGAUGUUGGCAGCAGAGUUUGGUCAUAUAGAACUGUUUUACUUCCUUGUGUGUAAAGGCAGCGACUUGUUGCUUGUGGAUGACAAUAGAGACACCAUCCUUCACAUUGCUUGUGGAGGAAAUGUGAAGAUGGUCAAAUGUCUUCUCUCACUCGAUGUUAUUGACAUCAACAGCAGAGGUAGCCACGGUAACACCCCCGUCAUGACAGCAGCCAGUAGAGGAAACAGGGGAGUGUUUGAGUUGCUGGUGAAGAAACAAGCAGAUCUGUCUCUCCUGAAUGAGGAUAACAAUAGCAUCCUGCAUGUAGCAUGUAUCACCGGGAAUGUCAGCAUAGUCAACUUUCUCAUCUUAAAGCAUGCUGUUGACAUUAACAGUAGAGGGAAGUAUGGUAGGACUCCGGUGAUGUUGGCGGCAGAGUUUGGAAACAGUGAAGUGUUUGAUCUGCUUGUUCAACAUGGUGCAGAUAUAUCCCUGAGAGAUGAUGAUAGGAACAACAUCCAUCAUGUCUCGUGCAGUGGGGAUAAUGUGAAGAUCAUAAACGUUGUUCUGAUGAAGUGCAUGUUUCACAUCAACAGUAGAGGACAUGGUGGAAGGACUUCAUUGAUGUGGGCCGCAGAGAAGGCACAGACAGGCGUCUUUGACUUCCUGUUGAAUAAGGGAGCUGAUGGAACUCUAGUGGAUGAUGAUGGUGACAACGUCCUUCAUGUUGCCAGUGCAGUGGGUAAUGCUGAUAUCGUGAGACAUAUCAUCUCCAGGAACAUUGUGGACAUCAACGCCACAAAUAAUUAUGGAUCAACGGCAGAUAUGAUAGCAAGGGGAAAAGGCCACUACUCAGUGAGCAAUAUCUUCCAUGACAAGUGAAAUAUUGUUUUGAACAAACACAAGUGUUUCUUUCUGUGAUGGUUUAACCUUGCUAAACCCACAGAACAUAGUACCUUAACCAUACCACAGUUGUUAAUCGGUUAAGCCAGGUUCAUCGAACGGUGUCGAAGUCUACCCUGACAAUGUCAUCAGUCAUGCAAUGGAUUUGGACGAACACCUGACGAAGAUCGUUGACUCCUUCCAGGGACUCACUGAAGCCAAGUUGACUGUAAAUUAGGUGAAAAGUGAAUUUACACAGGCACAUGUCUAAUUUUUAGGUCAUGUCAUAGGCCAAAGGUGGAAGCUAUCUAAAAAAAAUAUUCAAGUUCUUGAUAUGGCUGGGUACUACUGUAGAUAUUGUCCAAUUUUCUCACAUGUGCCAGCCCCUCUCACUAAUUUGCUUGGAAAAUAGGUGAAAUGUAUUUGGAACAGCAAUGUCAAGCUGCUUUUGACAACAUUAAAGCAAUUCUCAUGAAUUUGUUCUCAAAGGAUUUUUUUUUUUAAAUUCUUCAAAAUAGCUGUAGAUGCUUGUGACAUUGGUGCUGGAGUUGUCCUGUUGGAGGAAGAUGCAUCAGGUUUGUUGACCAGGCUAGUGUGGUCUGGUCCGAAAACCACAGACGGUGAGAGUAUGUUAUAGAAACAUUUCCCUAAUGUUCUAUGUUGUGAAUGCUGUAGGGAACCUUCCAGUGGCUGGGUAGGUUGUAUAUAAGGGGACAGUAGCGUGUUUGCAUAUCACACGCAUUUUCAUCACGCAUUAUGUCAAGAGCAGCCUUCAUGUGAAGAUCCCUCAUCAUCUCUGGUCCAUAUAUAUAUAUCAACAAACACACACACACA